AUGCAAGUGCAAGUGCUGCUUUUCUGGCUCGUUGGUGAAGCCUACGCGCAACACCACAACCAGGCGACUCAACCCACACAGCGAGGCGUCGAUUUCCAAAACUACCCUGCUCCUGCAGCCCCCUACGGAGGAGGAUACGAUGCCUACGCCUCUUACGGUUUCGGCUACGAUACGGCGGGCGAGUACAACAAUCGGCAGUACGGCGCGGGGCAGGGCCGCUCUAACUUUGUCAAGGCCGGCUUGUACGGCUACCCAGACGCCGUCGGUCUCUACCGCCAGAUGAACUACGCGGACGCCGUACAACGCUUCCGAGCCACCCCUGGCUCCGUGGGCACUGCCCCUGGCGUCAGCCGUGACGCGGUCUUCAAUGCGGCGCCGAUUAUCCUCCCUGGUUCCGCUGGAUCUGCCCAGGAGGCUGCAUCUGCAGCCUACGGUCCAAGGCCUGCGGCACCUAACGCUGGAGGUUAUCGUGCUUAUGGGCAGCCAGCACCCAACCCGUAUGCACUCGCUGCUGGCGCUUUCGAGUACACUCCGUACGGAGGUUACGGCUAUGGAUUCAGUCAGGCGGCUCUCGGUGGGCAAGCCUACAGCAGCUAUCCAUAUGGUCCUGCUGGCUACGCUGCCGGCUACACUCCUGGCAUUAAUGGUGAACAGGCCGGGUAUGGAAGCCGGCCUGCCGCCCAUCGGGGCUACCGCCGUCGCUAA